AAAAACUUGCUGGCACCGCCUGCCAGAUUCACAGCAGAUCUCAGCAAUUUAUUGCAUCGCCGCAUCUAACCCUCAACUGUCUCUGACUGUCUCAGCCGGACAGGGUAUUUGCAUUGAGGCUGCAGAUCUGAUCCUCGCAGUGUUGAGUUCAUUCAGAGGGAGUUGGUUCGCUGCUGAUGCUGGGGAGAUAAAGCCUUUAUCUCCCAUCUUCUCUUAUCGCCAUCUCUUCUCUCCCGCCGUCCCCCCCCCUCUCCCUCCUUCGCCCGAGCAACUGAGUCGACACCGGUGGCUUAUUGGACGCGCUGGAUGGCUGCUGCACUUAGCGAACCGGCGUGAAUCUUUUUUUUUCAUCAUCAUCAUCAUCAUCUUUGUCUGCAUUUGAGCCUGAAAACAAAACAAUAACUGCAAAAACAAUGACAGACCCGGCUACCCAAGAGUCCUACCCCGUCCCAGAUCCGACUAUUGUGGAUCCCUGCCCGACCACGGUGCGGAACGGCCAGUGCGCCCCGGAUGGCUUCACCAACAACCAUCACCAGCCAGUCAAAACCCCCAGCCAGCCUGAGAGGUUCACCACGGGCCAGGAGAUGAAAAUCACAGACAGUGUGGAGGGAGAAGGUCUCCUUGAGAGCAGCAUGCGGCUGAAGCCCCAUGAGGCUCAGAGCUACAGGAAGAAGGCACUCUGGGUCUCCUCUGUCUCCAUCGUGGUCACACUCAUACUGGCUGUGGCAGCUUUCACUGUUUCAUUCAUGAGACACAGCGCGUCAGCCUUUGGAUUUGCCUUUGAUGCCACGCUGGAUGUCCUGUCAUCUGUCAUUGUCCUCUGGCGCUACAGCAAUGCAGCAGCUGUGCACUCUGCACACAGAGAGUAUAUAGCAUGUGUGGUCCUUGGGAUUGUGUUCGUUCUCUCCUCCCUGUGCAUUCUUGGAAAGGCCAUCCAUGAUCUGGCUACCAGGGUACCCCCAGAAGUGGAUGACUUCCUCUUCAGUGUGUCUAUAGUGAGCGGUCUCACAUGUGCUGUGCUUGCUGUGGCCAAGUUCAUGCUGGGAAGAGUGCUGACUAGCAGGGCACUUAUCACUGAUGGGUUUAACUCUCUGGUUGGUGCUGUUAUGGGAUUUUCCAUUCUGAUCAGCGCCGAAGUCUUCAAGCACCACACUGACGUCUGGUUUCUGGAUGGCACCAUCGGAGUUUUAAUUGGACUCAUCAUUUUGGCAUAUGGCGUCAAACUCCUGAGGGACAUGGUGCCCCGUGUGAGACAGACGAGGAACUACGAACGCUUUGAGUGAGAGACCUGUGUGUUGACCAGACGAGCAGGUUCACUCACACACACACACACACACACACACACACACACACACACACACACACACACACCUGGCUGCCUCCUGCCCUCCGCCCACUUCUCUCUGUCUUUCAUACACACUUUAAUACACAUUUCACCUGUACAUGCAGUACAUACAGACUCUACACACCCAUACAUAUGAAUAUAUACACACAUGCUGUAUAUACUGUACAUCGUACAUUCAGACAUUAACAAACACACAUGCAUGCACACACAAACGCAGACAUCUGAGAGACUUUGUGGGAAAAGGACAUGAUUGAAGACCCCCUCCUGGAAAGAAAACACUUCAGUUAAAUUUUUCUUUUUCUACUUGUCUUCACUUUUUGUCCAUGAAAUCACCAGUUUAAAAAUUACACCUAGAAUAAGGAAAAGGCUCAAGAACUGAGACUCCUCUCUACCAACUGGAGCUUUGGAUUCAACCUAGACAUACUGUAAUUGCUGCUUACAUGAUACUAUUUGCAUCAUCACAGACUACAGUAUAUUAUAGAUUUGUCCUUGUGGGUUCGGCUAUUGUCAUGGUGGGCAUAAUGGGGAUCAAAAUGUAUCAAAUGGUGUAGAUUUUACUUAAAUGAGGCUUAGACAUGAGAUACAGUAUGUUUUCUCUUGUACUUUACUUGAGCAUAUAAAAUUAGUUUUGUCUCCCUAUUGUAUCUUAAUUAAGAAUCCAAACUCCAUGUUGAGCUGAGGGCUGCCCACUAAUUUUAGGUUGUUUUUUAUAGGUAUUAUAUAGGAAAAGAAUCAGCGAACAGGUCAGGUCGAGGUCAGCCUCGAUCUAGAUACUCUACAACUAAAAGCAAACAGCAGUAAAGAGGACAGGAGAAGGACAAACUAAGGACAAACAUUUGCCAUACAAUGGCUAUAAACCUAAGUGCACAAGUCAUUUGACCAGUUUAUAUUACAUUGCAUAGCCUACUGUACUGUAUGUAAUGUGUAUCCAAGCACAAAGUAGCAAAAUUUCCUUCAUGCACCGGUGUUUGUUGCUGACAGUUUAGCGCAAUGCCCAUUUUAACACAAUGGGUAAUUAUUAGAGGGUAUUAAGCCUGUUUUGUCUUAACUGCUGUAUCUGACUUUACAUGUUUCAUCGCCAUAUAUUGUACAUAUCUUUUGAUUUGUUUACAAACACACAUACCUUAUUUACUGAAAUCCAUUCAGUAUCUUUUGUUUUUUACUUGAAGCUUACUUUGACAAAGUAAAGAUUUACAACUAACAACUGAAGAAUAGUAAUAAAGUUUUUAUAAGGUUCAGAUGGAAAAAACACAUCAACAUUUAUCUUGUGUUUUUGUUGUAACGCCUUUUCAGGCGUAGAUAAUAAAUAGAUGUAAAAGCACUAAACUCUGCCUGUAUUGCUAUAAUCCUGUUAUUUAUCAUUUUCUCUAUGGAAUGUUGUACUGAAUCCAGUUAAUAUUAUUUUAUUCAUAUUUUCUUCUUUUUUCUUUACUUUGACUGCAAAGUUCAUAUGAAAAGUUGGAUAAGACAAAGUGUCAAGCCUAAGAUGAAACAAAGCACAAUGACAACGAUAAAGCAGCCUGUGGGAAUUUCAUUUUCAUUGCAUAUCAUUUUGCAGAGAUGGUGUUUUCUCCUGUGUCUGCUUACCUGCACUGAUUUGUGCUGCAUGUUCCCAUUGUUAGAAUUCAUUAUUAUGUGCGAUGAACAGAAUGUAAAUACAAGUCACACAGUCUGUAAAUAUGUUUAUUACACUGUUUGGGUGCAUCAGUAACAAAACGUCCCAAAUAUAGUUGUACUUUAUGGCCGACAUAAUAGGCUUUUUGGAGUAAACAGCAUAUAGUACAGGAUGAUCAAUGUUGCAUAUAGUUAAAAAUGUUAACUACUCUAUAGUGCUUAUACUGUAAAUGUUGUUUUACAUAUUGCUGUAGAUUAUUGGUGAAAUGAAAUGACAAGUCUUACUGUAAGUUUUAGCACUGUAAGUGAAAAUCUCAGCUUGGAUGUAGGUGUGAUCUGACAGUGCUGUCCAAGGCUCCCUUAUCACUUAUUAGAAGCUGUCAAAAGAAGAAUUGAUUGCCAAGCAAAUCAUUAUUUUAAAUGUUGAAACAGGACUUACAACUGACCACAGCCACAAUUUACAUGCUGACACAAAUCAGUAUUAUUUUACUGAACUUUAGUGGGUGUCAUAAGCUCAAACAUAAAAUCACCCAGAAUAUUUUUAGAGGAACACUGAAGAUUUAAACAGUAAUGAAUCAUGUGGAUUUAUUGAAAUUGAGAGGAAUACAUUCGCUGUCAUCCUCUUGGAAGAAGAGUAGCACCUCAAAAUGAGCAAUUAGAUUUGUGAGACUGAGUUCAAUUAAUAGAUUGAUUUGAUAAAGAUGCAUUGAGAUUAAUUAAAUUAGAAAUAAAUUGCUAUAAAUAAUUCAUCGAUGCAGUGUUAUGCACAAACAGAUACAGAAUGAGCUCACUACCCAUGACCAAAAAUCUCACUACCCUAGGUAAGGUAAAGUGUAUAUGUGGCCUGGUUUCUUCCUGUGAAUGUGGAUCCAGAGUGCUUGUGAGCCCCCUUGUGGUAGUUGGCCACAUGACAAGAGGUUUAAUUAGUGUUCAGCGCACUGGAUCCAAGGGAGAGAGUCUAAAUUUAUCCCAGGCUAAAGACAGUUACAAAGCCUUGGACAGUGAUUCUGAAAGGGGCCUGCAGUACAUCCACUCUAUACUGUAAUUAUCAACUCAGAGUCGACAUACUGGACUGAAGGUGCAAAAUUAUUGGUAUUAUCUUUAGUUCCAUUGUGUGAAGAAUAAGCAUUAGCUAUAAACUGAAGACGUGAAUCAGCUCACACCACUUCAACUCACCAACAGCACACUGAUUUGUAAUGGGAACCCCCUUAUGCAUAGAAGACAAUCUUUACAAUCAAUUUUACUAGCAAAGCACAGUGUUUACAUGCUAAUAACCACCACAUAUGACACAGAACAAACUCAUGAUAACUCUGUCUUAGUAACGGUAAGCUUAACUAGCUCUAUGGCUCAUAUGGAUAACUAUAUUGUGUUUGGAUGAACUGGAAACCAUUUUGAUCUUGGCAACAAAAUCCUUUCUACCUCUCGUUUUUGCACUUUGUUUUAUUUUCAUGCCACUUCUCUUGUGCACAUUCAUGCUACAGAAAAUGUCAGCUGGGUGCUGUGAUUGUAGCCCUGGCCCCUCACACUCCUUAGUAAUGAGUGGUCUUUGAAGCUGUCACACUCACUCUAAAUUACUGGGUAAGUGCAACAGCUGAAUACUAAAAACAAUAUGUUAACUGGAACUCUAUGAUCACCAGAGUUGCAGUUGCAUUUUAUUCAACUAAAAUGUAAUUUUUCCACUGCCCCAUGAAAUGUUUCAACCCUCACUCUCCAUUUCACUAAAACACUGCUAGAGGUUUGUGAAGAAAUGACCUCUGAACAUGUAUUACUUGUUUGCACAAACACAAAACCUCUAUUCCUUUUACAGGUGGUAUACUAUUUAAAUCCAUUUCAUUGUUUCAUUGAAGUAUCUCAGAAACAUGUCCAGUUCUGCAGCUUGAUGAAUUGUGCCAAAUGACUGAAAACAUCUUUCCACUCUGUCAUUUCAAUUGUACUUGUAUUGAUGAACUGACUUAUUAUUACCGCCCCAGAAGAGGCAUCAAACUAAUCGUUUCACUUAAUUUCACAAAGAUAUGAUAGCAAUACUACCUACGUCUCUGUUGCUAUAGGCUUUGCAUGGGCUUGUAAAAACCCUUACAGCUUCAGUGGUUACAAAUGCAUUGCACACACACACACAUACAAACAUACAGAACAUACAUGGAAACUGUAACUGCAUUUCCAAUAAAUCUGACUAUGUAACAGAAUUAUUCUUUGUCUGUGUGUACAGUAAUGACAACAGUGGUAUUACAGAUGAUGUAAACACAAUUUAUUUAUGUAAAAGAAUUAUGAGGUAUCUCUUUGUCAAAGAGCAAAGUUUUAUUGAUUAAUAAAGUUUUAUCCUGCUUAUUCAUCA